CUGGUCCCACUUUAUUCUCAUUCUCGUCUUCAUUCUGACUCCAGAGUUCAUAAAGCUUGCCCUUAUAAAGGGGGCCUUUCACCGAGAGAUUUCUCCUGCCUUCUUUGCGAUCAUAUUCAUUGGUGCUCCAUAGUAAAUUUUCAUAAUAGGCAUGGCAAGAAACUUUGGUUUUCUGAUUUGUCUCUUGAUCAUGGCUAUGGACAUUACUGCGGGGAUACUUGGAAUUGAAGCCGAAAUAUCUGAAAACAAGGUAUGGUUAGAAUGAAACGAGAAUUCUAAUCUUAAGCUUUUCUUAAUGAUGCAUGGUGGUGCUGUUAAACAGGUGAAGCAUUUAAGGGUGUGGAUUUUUGAGUGUAGAGAUCCCAGCUUUCAAGCUUUCAAGCUAGGACUGGCGGCAGCAGUCCUUCUUGGCCUUGCCCAUGUUAUCGGUAAUUUACUUGGUGGCUGCGUAUGCAUUUGGACCAGGGAAGACUUCGAAAGAGCGUCUGCUAACAAACAAUUAGCUGUGGCGUCUCUCAUUUUUGCAUGGAUAGUAUUAGCAGUUGGAUUCUCAAUGCUGAUCAUAGGGACACUAUCAAACUCAAAGUCAAGGAAAACGUGCGGCAUAUCCCACCAUCGGCUUUUCUCCAUUGGAGGAAUUCUCUGUUUCAUUCAUGGACUUUUCACAGUUGCUUACUAUGUAUCAGCAACAGCAGCAGCCCGAGAAGAUGGAACAAAUCGACCUCGAUCCACUGCCUAAUUUACCUUAUCCCACU